GUCCUGGGUUCACUACACGACACUCGACAACCUAACUCCUAAUCUUCACCUCACGAUGUCAGAGCGUAAAUCAACAGCGGCCAAGGUGCAAGACAAGGUCCGGCAAGUGGCGCAGGAGGACUUCAACCAGGCCAGCAACCUGGCAAACGAUGCCGUGCGGUCCGGCGCCUAUCUGUAUCCGUUCAAGGGCAUCGCGUACUUCUUCACCCACCGUGCGCUAUGGCGUCCUCUUGCUGCGAAGCUGAUCCCAACCGUCUCCCUCGGUUUGGGAGUGACGGUGUUCAUGUUUGUGGUGACGUACGUGCCUCAAGCUGCCGUCCUCACCAUCUUCAACGGGCCCCUCGCCUUCGUCACCACCGUCCUGCUCGUGCUUAGCGAGAGCUCGACCAUCUUCAAUGUGCUGAGCAAGAACUUCCUCAUUGAUGAUGCACUCAUCGACACCUUCGAUGGCACCCUCAUGUCCCGCGACAUGACCACUCUGGUCGCGAAGGAGCGCGCCGUCAAGUCUGGCGGUGACCCUAUCGCAAAGCUGGGCAAGCUUGCGACCAAGCCGUUCGCAAAGUUUGCCCCCAGCGCCAUCGUCCGCUACUUCAUGUACCUCCCGCUCAACUUCAUCCCCAUUGUGGGUACCGUUAUGUUCGUGAUUCUACAGGGACGCAAGUUCGGACCUACCGCGCACGCUCGUUACUACCAGCUCAAGCAGAUGAACAAGAAGGAGAAGGACCAGUUUGUGGAGCGCCGCAAGGCUGCGUAUGCCAGCUUCGGUAUUCCCGCCGUCAUGCUUGAGAUGGUACCCAUCGCCGGCAUUCUGUUCUCGUUCACGAACACCGUCGGCGCAGCGCUCUGGGCCGCAGAUAUGGAGACCCGUGAUGCCAGCGGCCAGAAGACGACUGCGCCUGGUCUGCGCAACCAGGCGGCAGAAGCAAGGAAACAAGAGUUGUAGAACGUCUAUCCAUACAGCCGCUUUAUCGGGUUCGGUGAACAAUAUCGAUACCCUUGGAAGCCUCCGUAUGCACCGGGCUGGCUGCUGGGGUGGCCAUACGUGGAGCCGAUGUGCGUGGAGCAGGUUGAAGACCAAUUCGCAUACCUCGACCUCUGGCGAAGAGACCAAUAUGCUAUUGAGCGUAGCUACGAUGAUGAUAAUAACGUGAUACACUUAUACUUAUAAUGCAAAUUCGUGAAUGUUGAAGAUCAACUGCCAAGUCACACCGUUUGCCA